CCGGCAUCGAACCUAAAUCAUAUUCCCGCAACUUCCUCGGCUAAAACCUAGCAAGCGGAAGUCGAAGCGUUCCCGCGCAAAAGAUCAUGAGGAAGAGGAAGUUUGGACAGAGAUGAGUGAGAGCGGGACUCAGCUGUUUGCUCGUCUCGAGGCCCGGCGCUGUCUGAAGGACGUUGAGCCUCGGCUGUUUGCCGAUGAUGGAGGACCUGACCAUGGGGAGGUGGUGGAGGUGUACGGUCCGGAGGGGACAGGAAAGACGGAGCUGCUCUACCACCUGCUGUGUCGCUGCGUCCUGCCGGAGGCGGCCGGCGGUCUGGAGGUGGACGUCGUCUUUGUGGACACAGACUACAGUCUGGACAUGUUCCGGCUGGCCAGUGUUCUGGACAGUCGACUGAGCGCAGGUGGUUCUGCCGGAUCUGAUGAUGAGGUUCUGCGCUCGUGUCUGUCUCGCCUCCUGGUGGUCCGCUGCUCCUCCUCUUCCCAGCUCCUCCUCACCCUCCAUUUUCUGGAGACCACCUUGUCUUCUCGUUCCAGAGUAGCGCUCCUUCUCAUUGACAGCAUCUCGGCGUUCUAUUGGUCGGAUCGCAGUGAGGGUGGAGCCAGCGUUGCCAAGCAGGAGGAGAAGCUCAGCAGGUGUUCGGAGCUGCUGGAUCGACUGCUCAGGGACUACAGAAUCACUAUCUUUGCAACCUGCCACCCCAUCAGGAGGAGUACCAGUGGACCACCCUUCUCCUCAGAGGUGGACCGGUCCCAUCUCUGCCGUGCCUGGCAGCGUCUGGUGACCCACCGGCUGGUGUGCUCCAGACAGGAAGCUGAACAUAACCCAGCAACUGGAAACGAAGGGAGCGGAGAGCAGAGGAACCGGCAGGUCUUCACCGUCAACUGCUCCUCCUGGACCGGCACCAGGGGUUCCAGGGUCAGCUCCUUUAGAGUGACGGAUGGUGGUGUGGAGUUCAUCUGGACCCAUAGACCUCCUCCUGGUCUUUCUGCUGUACUUUAAAGACUCACUGUUGAUGUUUGUAACUUAAUUAUGAUGACAUGUUGGAAUUGAAUAAAACCAGAGAUGGAUCGGAA